CCUUUAUAAACUCCGCUGACCUUCCUCUGUUUCCAUCCAUCCCCACCUCAAAAGUUACAGCGAUUUCUCAACUGCAUUUCCAUAUCCAACACACACCCAUCUCUCUUCUCUUCUCUCCUCUCUCUCUCUCUCCCUAGCUUCUCUGCCAUUCCAAUUCGAUCUCUCGCGCGCGCGCGCGCUCUGUGGAGUCUCAGAUCCUUGGCAGAUGAGAGAAUGGGGGUACAGCUGCCAAUGUCGCGGGCCCUGAGGUACUACCUGUCCGAGCACCCGUCCAUCGUCAACUUCCGGUGGAGCCACCACCUCUGGGGCUCCACCUGGUCCUUCCUCCUCGCCGCCGUCGCCGCCUACGUCGCCGCCGCCUCCGCCCUCCACCUCCUCCUCCUCCUCCUCCUCCCCCGCCCCCGCCGCCGCCCCGUCCCCCUCGGGCCCCUCCCCGCCCUCCACAGCCUCGCCGUCGCCGCCGCCUCCGCCGCCGUCUUCGCCGGCAUGCUCCUCUCCGCCUCCGCCGAGAUCCGGGACACCCGGUGGCUGUGGCGGCGGUCCCGCACCACCCCCAUCCAGUGGCUCUUCUGCUUCCCCCUCGGCACCCGACCCUCGGGGCGCGUCUUCUUCUGGUCCUACGCCUUCUACCUCUCCCGCUUCCUCCACCUCCUCCGCACCUUCCUCACCGUCCUCCGCCGCCGCCGGCUCACCUUCUUCCAGCUCUUCAACCAGUCCAUCCUGCUCUGCAUGUCCUUCCUCUGGCUCGAGUUCUCGCAGUCCUUCCAGGUCCUCGCCAUCCUCUCCACCACCCUGCUCUACGCCGUCGUCUACGGCUACCGGUUCUGGACCGCGAUCGGCCUCCCCGGCGCCAGGUUCCCCUUCGUCGCGAACUGCCAGGUGGUGCUGCUGGCCUGCAACCUGAUUUGCCAUUUCGGGGUCCUCUUCUUGCACUUCUUGAAAGGCGGGUGCAACGGGAUCGGAGCCUGGGUGUUCAACUCGGUGUUCAAUGGCGCGAUCUUGUUCUUGGUGCUGAAGUUCUACGUCAAGGUGCAGCUCAAGUACCGGAAGGUCGGUGCGGUGGCGGAGCAGGAGGACGACGGGUCGACGGCGCCGGCGCAAGCGGGUUCUUCUGGCACGGAGACGAAGAUCGCGAGAGAGAAACAUCAUUGAUCGGUUCAUGGUCCCUCUCUCUCUCUCUCUCUUGUUGGGAUUGUGAUUUCAUCUUUCCGGCAAAUCUGGUAACUGCGUUCGCCUUCUGGGUGUCCUGAUUCUUGGUUUUUCGAUCAGUUUUGGGUCAGUUCUCGUAGGAAUUUGUUUUGUUUCUCCAAUUGUUAUUUUGUGCAGAACAAACGGGGAUUGCCCCCAUUCUUUUCCUCCUUUUUUUCUGUAUCUUCUUUUGUUCAGAGCGAGGAAGCUGUAAAUUAACGACGAUUUGACGAGGAAUAUGCAAAUUUCUUAGCCUUC